CAACGCCGUCAAGGAUUAGUAAAUGUUGACCGGUGGACGAAGUGUGGGGAAUCCUUUCUCCCCUUCCCCCCAACCUCCCUAUCUCGACGGCGGAAGGCGAAACAAUGGCGGCAGCAAAUGGUAUGGCGGAGUUUGCAGGCCUACGCCACAACGGGCUCAAAUUUCUGCUAGAUCCGGUAGAUAGGUAAUGUCUGAACUGUAUAAAUUUCUUCAAUUCGAUCCGGACACGCCCAAGCACAAAUAUAUGUUUGACUCGUAUUCGAUUUCUUUAAUUCCCGCUGAGAGAGGUCAUUGCCGGUGAUGGGCAGCCAGAUCCAUUAGUUUUGAUGGCUGUUGGGCCUUUGGCACCGGCAAGAGCCGACUCGUCGUGCGCAGUUCUGGUGGGAGAACUCGGCGGCACUGCUGAGCAGAGCAAUUCGGCCCGGAAAAGGAAGCAGUCACCAACUCAAUCCGUCUCGUCCACCGGGAUGGUGAACCCAGAUGCACCAGGCUAGGCCUGAAGGCAUACAUAACAAUGAGUGUCUUUUUCUCUAGAUCCAUGGUUCUGAUUUUUUAUUGCCAAAGUCUGUGUCUAGUGGGCAUGACUACUACUGUCAACAAGCUGAUCCUAUGAUUCUGGUAAUAAACCAUGCGUGCAAUUAGCAUAUAUAAUUCUCCCGGUUAGACCAUGUCAACCAUCCGCGAAAUUAGAAUACUUAGUGUUCUAUGGGCAUAGCAUGCCAUCCAUACAUAAAUGAAACAAAAAAAACACGGUAUUGCUAUCGUAUGAAAAGUAACUGCAUCAUCUUGGAAACUGUUAUUUUGAAUUUUUAUAAAAGGUCAGUGACUGCUCUUCGAUUUGUUGAAUUUGCCGCAGAUUCCAGUUCAGAGAGGUCAGUGCAGAUGUUGAGCAGCGAGAUCUAUUCGCUUCGAUGGUUGUUGGGCCAUCCACACCGACACACGUCGAGUCAUCGUGCGCGGUUGUGUUUGGACAACUCGGCGGCACUGCUGAGUAGUGUAAAUCUGCCGGCAAGAGGAAGGAGUCUCAAACUCAGUCCGCCGAGUCCACCGGGAAGGUGAACCCAGACGCACCACGGUGGACCAGAGGAUGUCCAGUGUGCAUUAGUACUACCGCCAAGUAGCCGAUCCCCUGACUGUGGCAGUCAUCCAUGCAUGCAAUUUAGCUUCCCAAAUGGUUUCUGCAGCAGAUCAUGUCAUCCUCACACGGAAUUAUAUAGUUUUGUGGGCAGAUCAUGUGAACGAUUGUAAUGUAGCUCGAAAGAAGAUGCCCUCCAGGCUGUUGAAUAAAAUACUAUUGCAUCAUCUAAAUGAAUGUGAAUUUAAUUUCUGGUUAAGAGUUGGUCGCGCCCCUCCAGAUAGGGCACCCUGUCCAAACAGAGCGACUCCAUUAGAAGAAACAAUUAGGAGGUAUGCUGAUAAACCCUUGGAGAAUGUGGUGAAGCCAGAGAUUGGGAUGAGUUUUGACUCACUUGGGGAAGCAUAUGAUUUGUAUAACCUGUAUUCUUGGGAGCUUGGAUUUGGUAUAUGAUAUGGAAAGAGCCGUCUGAAUGUUGAGCGGACAAAGUGUAUGCAGGAGAUCGUUUGCGGAUGCUCGGGGAAACCUGAACAGCAGAAUAGCCGUUCUUGUCAGUGUGAGUGUCCUGCAAUGAUCAGAUUGCUUAGAGCUGCGAACAAUGGAUGGUACAUUGAUGAGUACCACUCCAGCCACAACCAUUCAUUGUCUCUGACCUGUGGUGAAAAAGUUCAUUGGCUAUCGCAUAAGCAGUGUACACGAAGGAUUUGGUGAACUGUUGUAGUGGGGCACCUUGGCGGCGCUGCUGACCAACGUGACACAUGCAACAAGAGGAAGGAGUCUCCGACACAAUCCAUGGAAUCCACCGGGAAAGUGAACCCAGAGGCCCCUGGGUGGAUUAGGAGACUAAAAAGAAACGGAGGGAGUAUUUUCGUAUGGAGGUAGUAGUUGUAAAAUGCAAUGCUGAUCCGUUUGUCGCAGAAAGCAUGGUCUGUUCUCUGGUGGGUUGUGUCACUGAUCAGUAAAAUGGGGGUUUCCAUGAUAAAAAAAAAGGUGUUGCUAUAAAUUGAGAUGUCGUCUACAAAACUUGGGAUAUUUUUCCCUUGCAGGUUGAGAGUUGGCCGUGCACCUGCUCACAGAUAACCAUGCCCUGGGGGAGUUACUCCAUUGGAAGAAACAAUCAGGAGGUACGCUGAUAAAUCCUCAGACAGUGUGGUCACGCCAGAAAUUGGAAUGAGUUUUGACUCUCUCAGGGAAGUAUACGAUUUCUGCAACCUUUAAUUAUUUGUGGGAGCUCGAAUUUGGUAUAAGAUAGGCAAGAGCCAUCUGAAUGUCGAGCAGACAAAGUGUAUGUAGGAAAUUAUGUGUGGAUGCUUGGUCAGUACAUAUGACUCAACACUCCAAGAACUUACAUUUAUUUUAAUCUGCUUGAUCAUUGGCUAUGCGUCUGUCUUAACUGCAGCUGGUAAAUUCCUGUUUUAGAGGGGAAGCCUGAGCAGCAAAACAGCCAGUACUACCAGUGCGAAUGCCCUGCGAUGAUUAGGCUUCUGAGAGGAUCUGACAAUGGAUGGUUCAUUGCUGAGCACCGGGCUAGCCAUAACCAUUAAUUGUCACUGACUUGUGGUGAAAAGGUUCACUGUCCAUUGCACAACCACAUAGAUGUCUACACAAAAGAUCUAGUGAAGCAACUUAGGGGAAAUAACGUGAAUCUCAACAAGGUGUACAACAUAGUAGGAAGCUUCUUUGGUUCAUCUCUGAAUGUGCCUUUCACGAAGAUGUCACUCCAGAACCUUUCUACACAACAUAGUAGGAAGCUUCCUCGGUUCAUCUCAGAAUCUGCCUUUCACAAAGAGGUCACUACUGAUUCAUGUGUUUGUGCGACAGUACAUGAGGCUACAAUUCGACCGUGAGUCGGAUGAGAGCUACCGGGAGAAGAGGAUACAGAUUAGCGGAGCAGUCAUGAGAGGAAGUAUUGCCAUUGAACAACAUGCAAAUAAGGUUUACACCAGGAAAAUGUUUGAACAAUUUGGUGAGAACCUUUUCAAGGGUCGGGCGUACCAGGUUGAGGAAAUUGUGAAGCACAUUGCAAGACACAACGAUGCCGAGAAAUGUGAGAAGUGGAGAGUGGUUGAUUACAAGGUGACCAUGUUGGAUGACGGCGAGUGGUUCGAGUGUGAAUGCGGGCAAUUCACCCACAUGGGGAUGGUUUGUUGCCAUGCUUUGAAGGUGAUGGGCUAUGUUGUCGUGAAGGAGAUGCUGAAGCGGCACAUCCUCAAGAGAUGGACGAAAGAUGCUAGGGACAUCCUGCCCCGGCAUCUUGCUCACUUCAAAAGAAACCAGGUCGUGAACAAAUCUUUCACCUGCCGCAGCUCGACUCUCUACCUACACGCCAUGGAGCUGGUUAGGCUUGGGGAUUCAUCCGUCAUGACAUAUGAACUCGUACUGGGUCGCUCGAAGGAUAUGAUUGCGGAGGUAAUCACCGCUAGCUGAAACAAGAGAUGGGAUAGGGUUUGAGGAUAGACAAGCAGCAGAAGCGAAUCACAACAACAUUGCAUUGGCAGGCGCAAUUGUCAGCAAUGAGAGGGGGGGCUGACAACAAGAACAGUCUGACCCUUUCUGUUAACUGGGAUGAACAUGCUGGACUGUCUGCUCCGAGCAAGAAAUGUGGUGCCAGGCGACCAUGCAUCAGUAGCAAAAAGGUACCGUAUGAAGGACUAAGUAAAAGGACAAAGUUCUGCAGCAUUUGCAAAUUGCCAUGACAUGAGAAGACUACCUGCCCUGACAGGGGUUACAUGCCAAAACAGCGUCGCAAACCUGCAACCUGCAAGAAUUGUGGCAUCGCCGGACAACCUGCAAGAAUUGUCGCAUCGCCGGACUCCGUCACACUUCAUGCACCAGGCCGUGGGCGCUGCUGCUUCUUAAUAACUUAGAGAAACAUGUAUGAUACUUCCUCUGUAAACUAAUAUAAGAGCGUUUAGAUCACUAUUUUAGUGUUAUAAAUGCUCUUAUAUUAGUUUAUGGAGGGAGUAACUCUGAAUUUUACGUUUUGAGAAUUUUCUAGUGUGUGAUUUCUGCAUGGACCCCCACGCUUGUUCCUCCCUGAGUGUAAACUAGCUGUAUUUGUAACUGUGCUGAAAUGUGUGGAUUUAUAAUAUUUGUUUAUUUGUUUUCUGUA